GCCGCCGUCGUAGCCGUCGCUGUCGCCGCCACCGUGGGCGCUGCUCGGUACCUUGGCCGCUCGCUCACAUCAGCCGCCGUUGGGGCUUUUCUUGGGGGGGGACGGAUACGCACGGAGCGGGCCGGGGGCUCGGUUGGGCCGCCCCGGCCUCCGAAGCCUGAGUUUCUCUUUGUGGCCAGAUGGGUUUGCAUGGACAAUCCUGUCCAUUUGUAACUUCAUCAAGGAUGACAUCUGAACUGGAGAGCAGCCUCACAUCUAUGGACUGGUUACCACAGCUCACCAUGAGGGCAGCCAUCCAAAAAUCUGAUGCUACACAAAAUGUACAUGGAACCGGUAUUUCAAAGAAGAAUGCACUUCUGGACCCAAAUACAACAUUGGACCAGGAGGAAGUCCAGCAGCACAAAGAUGGGAAACCACCAUAUAGUUAUGCCAGCCUCAUUACAUUUGCCAUUAAUAGCUCACCCAAAAAGAAAAUGACUCUCAGUGAAAUUUAUCAGUGGAUUUGUGAUAACUUCCCGUAUUAUAGAGAAGCUGGCAGUGGUUGGAAGAAUUCCAUAAGACACAACUUAUCUCUGAACAAGUGUUUUCUUAAAGUGCCUCGAUCCAAGGAUGACCCUGGAAAGGGUUCUUAUUGGGCAAUAGACAACAAUCCCAAGGAAGACACACUGCCUUCACGGCCAAAGAAGAGGGCGAGAUCUGUAGAACGGGCCUCAACUCCAUAUAGCAUAGAUUCAGAUUCUUUGGGAAUGGAGUGUAUUAUUUCGGGAAGUGCCUCUCCAACUCUGGCAAUCAACACUGUGACUAACAAAGUAACAUUAUAUAAUCCUGAUCAGGAUGGCAGUGACAGUCCCCGCAGUAGCCUUAACAACAGUCUCUCGGACCAGAGUUUGGCAUCUGUUAAUUUGAACAGCGUUGGAAGUGUGCACAGCUAUACACCAGUGACAAACCAUCCAGAACCAGUCUCUCAGUCACUAACUCCUCAGCAGCAGCCACAGUACAGCAUCCCAGAACGAGACAAACAACUGCUUUUCUCAGAAUAUAAUUUUGAAGAUCUUAGUGCCUCAUUUCGAAGCCUUUAUAAGUCAGUUUUUGAGCAGUCACUUAGCCAACAAGGUUUGAUGAGCAUCCCUUCUGAAUCAUCCCAGCCACCCCACACUUCAUGUUCCUAUCAGCACUCUCCCAGCAAUACCGUGAGCUCUCACCAACACAGUGGCCAAAGCAGCUUAUCGAACAGCCACGGCAGUGGUCUUGGCGCUACUGCCAAUAAUUCUGUGGCACAGGUUUCUUUGUCUCACCCCCAGAUGCACACACAACCAUCUCCACAUCCUCCCCAUCGACCGCAUGGUUUAUCACAGCAUCCACAACGUCCUCAGCAUCCAGCACCACAUCCACAACAACACAGCCAGCUGCAGUCUCCACACCCCCAGCAUCAGUCUCCACAUCAACACAUACAGCAUCAUCCGAAUCAUCAGCAUCAGUCGUUAGCACAUCAGACACAUCCACCCCCACAACAGGUAUCCUGUAAUUCUGGUGUUUCUACUGAUUGGUAUGCAACACUGGAUAUGCUGAAAGAAAGCUGUCGGAUCGCUAGCAGUGUUAAUUGGUCAGACGUGGAUCUUUCACAGUUCCAAGGUUUGAUGGAGAGUAUGAGACAGGCUGAUCUCAAGAACUGGUCCUUAGAUCAGGUCCAAUUUGCAGAUCUCUGUUCUUCUCUUAAUCAGUUUUUUACCCAAACUGGUCUUAUCCAUACACAGAGUAAUGUUCAGCAAAGUGUUUGUCACAAUGCCAUACACCCAACAAAACCUUCCCAGCACAUUGGAACAGGAAACUUGUACAUAGACUCCAGGCAAAACCUCCCUCCUUCAGUGAUGCCUCCCCCUGGCUAUCCUCACAUCCCACAAUCACUUAGCACUCCAGGAUCAACAAUUGCAGGACAUCAUGGAGCAAUGAGCCAGCAGCAUAUGAUGCCUUCUUCAGCCUUCCAGAUGCGCCGCCCUCUGCCUCCAGAUGACAUUCAGGAUGACUUUGAUUGGGAUUCCAUUGUGUAGGACUUUUGAGGGCAUAAGAACUCUGACCUUGUUUUCCCAGUUUAAAAAAAAAAGUGAACCUGAAUUCACUAAUGACAAGGUGAAGAUUAUAAUCACUAUAAAGAUGCUAUCUAAAUUUACUUUGAAGACAAUCAGAAAUAUUUAGCAGGAUAACUUAUGGCUUUUAUUUGACCCAAACAAGUACUCCAUGUCCGUCUCCCUGCCAGCUGCCAUAGCUCAUUACUGUCAUGUGAUUUGGACAGCUUUUAGCUUGUGUUGGUUUGAUGUUGACCACAAGUGCCAGACUGAUUUCUAGACAGAGCCUCUUUUGCUGCAAGCAGUUUAUAGAUACAUAUGUGUAAAUAUAUGUACAAAAGUAAGAAAAUUAAACUUUUUCUUAAUUGGGUUAUGAUGUCUUAAGAAAAGUUACUGUGUGAGUUUUUCUACCUUAUCAUAAAGGCUCUUUUCUGUACGAUUCUUUUCUUUCAUGUAGGUAAUUAAUAAGAAGUUAACUUUUCUAAGCCCAGUUUCCUUUAGUCCCCCUUCACCAUUCUGUAGGCCAAAUAGUACAUGUGCAUUUGACUUCUGCCCAGCAAGCAAAGGAAUUCAGAAUCCACAGUUUGAAAGUUUGUUACACAAGCUGAAAGUGGCAAGUUUUUCAUGGGUAGCUGAAGACAAAACAGACCAAAGUCGUUUAAGUUUUUGAAAUUUUGUCAUUUUCUUAGCAUACGUUGUCAGUGGCCUUUAUGUUCAUUUAAAAAAUUCUCUGUGAUGACUACAAGAUUCAUUUGAGCAGGUAGAAAUUGAGCACAGCCUGAUGCUUUAAGCAGUUAAUGCUUAUACUUUCACUUCCUAAUGUAUUUAUUAUUAUAAAGUUUUAUUUUAAUAUUUAUUAAUACUAUCUUCUGUGAAAGUUCAGCUCCAGUGGGGCUCAUUAUGGAGAAAUAGGAAAGUUAAAGUAAAACAUGGUUACAGUCCUGAGUAAUUGUGGAUGAACCAAAAGAACCUAAAUUGUCUUCUGUGUAGUUACUUAUUCUGUAUGUUCUGGGAAUAGUCACCAUUUCUCUGCUUUGAGUCUACGAAGCUUAGUAGGUAGAGAAAGAUCCUUCAGUAGUCAAUUCAGAGUUCAUUUGGGUAACUGAAUUCAUUCUAGAACCUAGAAAGUGGAAGAAGUUAACCUCUGUCAGUUUCCCUUAAAAUCACACUGAAACUAUGGGAAAAUCUUAGAUUUCCUCUCCUAUUCAAGUGACAAAUUUGAAGUUAGCAGACCAUUAGACAAUUACUUGGAAUUGGACAUUUUCAGGUUUUUGUUUUAUUUCAUAGUUAAUACAAGUAUGCUUUUUUUCUUAGUUUUACUGUAAAACUAGAAGAAACAAAUUUUGAAAAUUGAAACAUUUAGAAUCUUCUGUGAGGGAGAAGGAAAUUUGCCAAAAUUUCUCUCUUUACAUUGGAAUACCAAUAGGCUCCAUCUAAUCAAGGAAAGAAUGAAUGCCUGUCUACCAACCAUUCUGUAGAAGAUCUGGUCCCCCUAACCAUUGCAGUUGAGAAGAAUGGUUAUUCUGUAGUUGGGCAGCAGAAUUUCUUAACUAGAAAAAACCACACAUCUUUGUUCUUUUAAGUGCAGAGACAGUAGAACAUUAUCUUAAAUGAAGCACAGGGAGACUUCUCAUUGGGUUAGUGAUGGAGACGAGGGAGCAUCUUAAUGUAACCCAGUUACCUAGAUCCUUUUCCCUAAUGGCAAAAAACCUAGAGGUCCCUUCUUAGAAAAUGCAGAGAUAAAAUAGUUGAUAGUAAUAGCCCAUAGAAGAUAAGUUUAGAUUGUUUGUUCAAGGCCAGGUUAAACAUUUCACUGUCAGUAGAAGCUUCCAGUCUGUUUAGAUUAUUAAGUAGCAAUAUGCACUUUAAAACCAUUUUAGAUAUUUGAAUGCAAUUUUACACAGAGGGAUUUAGUUAGAAAUGUGUACUCUAGCUAACCACUGACUGAAAUUUUGCAAAUUGUGUGAGGUUAAUUUCCAAUUUGGUAAUAAUUUGUUGAUUCACAACUAUCAGUAUUUUUAUGUGGAUUUAGAAUUAGCAAGAAUGGAUCCUGAGGUGAAGUCUCAGUACUAUCUUACAAUUCCCUUUCAACCAUUUUGUGGUUCAGAAACAUGGACAAGUUUUUUCCAUAGAAAACCAUCCCUUUGUGCCUGGACCUGGGUCUUUAUCCCGAUAUGCUCUGGGUGGUUGCUGUGUUUCAUAGUUACAAAUUCAGAAGUUAUGCCUUGUGCUUAAAUUAACCAUACACUUUUUGGAAACAUUAAUAAAUGUGCAAAACUCACAGUGGGGCAGCCUGUCCAGGAGAACAGUGCAGCUGGCAUUUGUGGCCUGGUUUUUUGAAUGUCAAUGUGUCAAUGUGCUUUCCUGUAAAUAUUUGUCUCUCAUGUCCUUCUAGGGUGGGAGGGAAUCGACCUGGGGAUUAUUUCCAAUGGAAUAGAGUAUUUUGAUAUUGUUCAUUCAGAGGGUGAUGUGUACAUAUCUAUAUUGUAUAUAUGUGAUGAAAAUGCAUUGGCUUUUUGUGCAUCACAACCUUUUAUCUGUACUGCUGUUCUACAGUCAGUGUUUUAAUGUUUCUACCGUUUUGUUAUUGCACGGUUUACUACUUUGCCUCUAUGAUGAACGGCACGGAUUCUUUGUAACAGUUUAGUGCUGUAGAAUAUAUUCCAAGUGUCAUUAGGAUUGUUGCUGCCAGAACUGAUAUGCAUGAAUGGCACUUAAAAUAAAGAUAUUACGUUAACUCCA